AUGAGUCACAGAAGUGUAGGCGGAGAGCAAAGUCGAGUUUUCAGCGCCUCCUCUCUUACAUGCUCAUCCAAAAAGAAAUGAAGCCCCUCCCAUAAACCCUGGAAUCUCUCUCUAGAUCCCCCUUUUCUCCCUCUCCAGAAAAUGUUGUCUCCCCAACUCCUCCCCAAAACCCCUAAUCCAUUAUCUUCUAUCUACACGCCAAACCCUUUUAAAUCCUUAAACCCCAAAACCCUCAAACCCUCCAAGCCAAACUUCAAGCCCAAACCUCACAACCCCACUACCAUUCAAUCGGUUCUUCAGUGGAACCGCAAACCCCAGCUCGCCGGGGACACCCCCCGCGUCGUCGUCAUCACUUCCGGCAAAGGCGGCGUCGGCAAGACUACCACCACCGCCAAUGUCGGCCUCUCCUUAGCCCGCCUAGGCUUCUCUGUCGUCGCCAUUGACGCCGACGUCGGCCUUCGCAACCUCGACCUCCUCCUCGGCCUCGAAAACCGUGUGAACUACACCGUCGUUGAAGUCCUCAACGGCGAUUGCAGACUCGACCAAGCUUUGGUUCGCGACAAGCGGUGGUCGAAUUUCGAGUUGCUGUGUAUUUCAAAACCCAGAUCGAAACUCCCGAUUGGAUUCGGAGGAAAAGCCCUAACUUGGCUUGUGGAUGCCCUUAAAGCUCGUGAAGAAGGAUCGCCGGACUUCAUUCUGAUUGAUUGCCCAGCCGGCAUUGACGCCGGAUUCAUUACGGCGAUCGCUCCGGCGAAUGAGGCGGUUUUGGUGACCACUCCGGAUAUUACAAGCUUGAGAGAUGCUGAUAGAGUUACUGGACUGCUCGAGUGCGAUGGAAUCAAGGAUAUAAAAAUGAUUGUGAACCGGGUUCGGACGGAUAUGAUAAAAGGCGAAGACAUGAUGUCCGUUCUUGAUGUUCAAGAAAUGCUAGGAUUGGCAUUGUUGGGAGUGAUUCCAGAGGAUUCCGAGGUGAUUCGGAGCACAAAUAGGGGGUACCCACUUGUGUUGAAUAAGCCUCCCACAUUGGCAGGAUUGGCAUUUGAGCAAGCAGCAUGGAGGCUUGUUGAGCAGGAUAGUAUGCAGGCUGUUGUGGUAGAGGAGGAGCCAAAGAAGAGAGGGUUUUUCUCAUUUUUUGGAGGAUAAAAUCAAGCUGGUUAAUGAUGGUUUUUGGAGUUUGAAGUAGGAGACAAGGACUAAAUUUCGAAGCUGUGUACAGUUGUAAGUAGAGUUUGUCUCUCCACAUUUGGAUUUUUUUUUUUUUUAAUGUGUCUUUGUGCUUUGCUAGCAGUUUUGUUUGGUGCUUUAAUUGAUCAAUUGUUUGCAGACCAAGUUUCUGUACUGAAAAAUUCUUGUUUGUAGCAAUCAAAUGUAUUGAAUCCAAUGAUAUGGAAGGCUCUGAAUUCUUGAAGAUCAAAAUUAAUUGAACUCAGAACUUGUUUGAUA